CUUGCUGACUCCUUUGCAAGGCAUGCCGGGAGUUGUAGUUUCCAACCACCUCUGCAUUUGUUCCUCUCCUGGCCGACACGUCGGGACCGCACGGAGCAGCAGAGCAGGUGACUGGUCCACUUAAAGCUCAAGCACAAAAAAAGGUGGACCUUUUGACAUCAUCCAAGAAGAUGCGUUGGCGAAUUUAUUCUGUGUUUUCCCUGGACCCAUGAAGUUUUAAAAAGUGGGCUUAUUUCGUGUCCAGAUGGGUUUUCAUGAGCCGAACUACACGCUAGUGACAUCACACACAAGAUUACAGUUUGAGCAACCUUGGAUUUGGAAAUCCUAAAGUUUGCCAUACGGAAUACCCCAACGUGGGAAAAAAAAUAAUUACUUUGUCCUGACAGCAGGAGGAUAUAUUGCAACAUCCAAUAUGACGUCUGAACUGGAGAGUAGCCUUACAUCUAUGGACUGGCUUUCGGGGAUUGCAAUAAGAGCAGGCAAUCAGAAUUCCGAUUCUGCCCAGCGCAGUCAUGCAACCGGAAUUACUAAGAAAAGUACGAUUCUUGAUCCCAAUACAACGCUGGACCAGGACGAUGUACAACAACACAAAGAUGGCAAACCUCCAUAUAGUUAUGCUAGUCUCAUUACUUUUGCAAUCAAUAGUUCGCCAAAAAAGAAAAUGACUCUUAGUGAGAUUUACCAGUGGAUUUGUGAUAAUUUUCCAUAUUACAAGGAGGCCGGGAGUGGCUGGAAGAAUUCUAUACGACAUAACCUAUCCCUGAAUAAGUGCUUUCUUAAAGUGCCUAGAUCCAAGGAUGACCCUGGAAAGGGUUCCUAUUGGGCAAUAGACACAAAUCCAAAGGAGGAUGCAAUACCAGCACGGCCAAAGAAACGGACGCGGUCUGGAGAGCGGGCCUCAACACCAUACGCGGAUUCCGAUUCAUUGGGAAUGGAUUGUAUUCUCUCUGGAAGUGCCUCUCCAAAUCUGGCUAUCAACACUGUGACUAACAAAGUAACCUUAAUUACCCCAGAUCAGGAUGGCAAUGACAGCCCUCGAAGUAGCCUUAACAACAGUCUUUCUGAUCAGAGUGUGUCGUCUUUAAACUGUAAAAGUGUUGGCAGUGUACAUAGCUAUACGCCGGUAACAAGCCAUCAGGAGCCAUCUGCUCACACAUUAACCCAGCAGUCACCAUAUAACACACAGGAGCAGGAAAAGCAUUUCCCUGAAUAUAAUUUCGACGAUCUCAGUGACUCAUUUAGGAGCUUAUACAAGACUGUUUUUGAGCACUCUCUAAACCAAGGUCUGAUGAACAUGCCUUCGGAGUCACCCCAGCAGACACAUUCUCCUUGCUCUUAUCAGCACUCUCCUAGCAGCACAAUGAGUUCUCAGCAGCACAGUAGCCAAAAUAACCUGACAAACAGCCAUGCAAGUAACCUUGGCAACACCGUAGGCGACUCCAUGGUUCACUUGACCCAUCCCCUCCACACACAGCAGUCUCAGCAGUCCCCGCACAUACACCACAACGUUGUACAUCAUCCGCACACGCAGCAGUGUACCCAGCAUACAUCACACUGUCACCAGCAUAGUCCUCAUCAAGCACCCCACCCGGCACAGCAUCAGCAUCUGCAGCACCACCCCAACCAUCAGCAUCAGACCUUAGCGCAUCAGACAUCUCUAACACAGCAGCAAAUUCCCUGCGGGAACGAUUGGUACUCCACUUUAGAUAUGCUGAAAGAAAGCUGCCGAAUUGCCAGCAGUGCCAAUUGGUCCGACGUGGACUUAUCACAGUUUCAAGGUUUAAUGGAAAGCAUGAGACAAGCAGAUCUUAAGAAUUGGUCACUCGAUCAAGUUCAGUUUGCCGACUUGUGCUCUUCGCUCAAUAAAUUCUUCACACAGACUGGCCUCAUCCAUUCACAGAGCAAUGUUCAGUCUCCAGUUUGCCAUGGUAACAUGCACACGGCAAAACCCACACAGCACCUCGGAUCAGGAAAUGUUUACCUUGAUUCUCGGCAAAAUUUACCGCCAUCAAUGAUGGGACCUCCGAGUUACCCCCUCAUACCACCACCAAUGAGCACUACAGGAUCCGCCAUGACAGAAGCAAGCUAUUUAUUUCCUUCUUGCAAAGAGGAGUAUCAUACAAACUGCAACCACCCUGACGUCAUGCUUUGUAAUUUAACAGGACAUCACGGAGUAAUGAACCAGCAGCACAUGAUGCAGUCCCCCAACUUCCACAUGCGCCGUCCGCUUCCUGCAGAUGACAUUCAAGAUGACUUUGAUUGGGACUCUAUUGUAUAGCACUAUUAAAAAAGUGAUAUUGUCUUGUUAACCCCCUCGUGUUCUUGGUAUACAUGACCAUGAAUGUGAUCCGAAAAGGUAAAGAAAGUAUCCAAAUAACAAAGCACUGCUCUCCUUGUUGACUUUGAUGACAAUCAGAAUAUACUUAGCAGGAUAAAUUAAACGAAUGCUUUGAGUUGACGUGUACAACUUGUCCGUACCCUUGGUAAGCUGCAGUCGCUCACUAUCGUUAUGUGAUUUAGACAGCUUGUUCAGCUUUGUGUUAACUAAUGUUGACCACAAGUGCAACACUGAAAUCUGGAUAAAAUCUCUCCCCAAGCACAACUAUUAGACUAUCGAUUUGCAUUUCAAUCCUUCCUCCAUACUGCAAAGUGGAAAACAAGCAUUUCUGGGACCCUCUGUCCCCCUGUAUGUUUCCCAGUUUAUUUAUAUGGUCUGUUAAUAUUGUACUUUGUAUUAUUUUGUGAAGGACAACUGUUCGUUAUAUUUACACUGCCAUUUAACCGCGCAAGCCAAGCUAAGAGGCGCCCUUCAUUUUUUGUGCCAUAAGAGCCAAUAACACAAUUUUGAUCUAGGUCAGGUUGCAGUUUGGCUGUAGGUAUCUUGGGUAUUCAUGCAGUCAAGGGUUUGACAUUUAUGAAGGCUAAUGUAACAAUAUAGCACGUUACAUAUAGUGUCAUAUUUUGCAACGACCUUUGACGUUGAUUGUAAAAAAAAUAAAAUAAAAAAUAUUUGUGCUAGUCCAAAAAAAAAAAAGAAAAAUUAUUCUAUGUUUCAUUUUGUGCCUGCUAGUGAUUUCCAAUUUUUUAAACCGAUACCCAUUGACGGUCUUUUCAUACCAAGAAUCUCACUGCUAAUACACAUGCCCUCUAGAAAAGCCAUGUGCUUACAAUGUUAAAGGAUUUGAUUUGUAAUUUUAGAAAAGUCUCAUCUUGUAUUCUCUUGUAUGCUGUGGAAUUCUGUACUGUC